UCAAUUGGAAGAAGAAGAAAUUUCCGGACGGACAACCUUCCUGACCAUAUUUUCCACUCUCUGUACCUCUCUAGACCAAUCCCAAGUGACUGAACCACAAUCAAAUUCAUUCCAGGGUGCGCCACCACAAUGUCCUACCUCACGAACUUCACCAACGAGACGGGAAAGUCAAUUCUCGUGGAUAUCCUCAAGACAAUCAACCUCGCUGAGAAUUCCCAGAAAAUCACGGAAGCAAAAGCAAUUGCGGGGAAGGAGAUGAUCGCCAUGAUGCAGUAUGUCUUUCCCAUUGUGAUGCAAAUUCAAAUUGAUGUGAUUAAGAACUAUGGAUUUGCGGCGAAUCGCGAGGGGCUCGUGCAAUUUUCUCAGCUCAUCCGGGAAAUUGAGGAUCCUGACAUUUCAAAGCUACGCUCACAGAUUCGCUCAAUCUACCUACCACCAAUUGCCAUCAACACGACAAAUGAUAUUCUCAUCUAAAAGGAACCCUCUAGAGAACCCUCUACUAAGGAACCCACCAGGAUAGCGGAUCUGGAGCCAAGAGACUGGAAAACAUUAUAUUUAAAGAAAAUGCACAACUUUUGAUAUAUGCGACAAGAGCAAUUUGUGAAAAAACUGCCACUUACACCAAAAUUUUCAUUUUUGUAUUCAUUUGAAUAAAACUUACUUUUUAAGUACAAACUAA